CUCGCUGUGUCAACCCUCUCUCACCACCGCACGCGAUUCUGCUCUGAUUCCCCAAUCACCUCACGAAGACGCCAUUGCUCCCCCUACUUUAUAACCAAUUGCUCGCCGCAGCUCCGAAUCUCCACGCACACACAAUGUCUCCCACACUCGUCAACGGCGCAUCAAGAACUUCUCACCAGGAAGAAAAGAACUUGCCAGGCGGAUGGGUCGUCCUCAAGUUCGGCGGUACCAGUGUUGGCAAGUUUGCCGUCAACAUCGCCGAGAUUGUGAAGGCAGGUCUUGAUGGCAACCGCGUAGCCAUCGUGUGCUCUGCGCGCAGCACCUCGGUCAAACUCGAGGGCACCACCAACAGGCUGCUCCGCUGCGCCCGCGAGGCCGAAAUCCCUGGCGGCAAAGGCUUCUACGAUAUCGUCGAGGCCAUUCGCGCCGACCAUGUCCAGGCCGCCGUCGACACGAUCCAAAACCAGGACGUCCUUGCGCAAUACACGGAAGAUGUCAACGCCGAAUGCCACACGCUCGUCAAGAUCCUCGAGUCCGCGCAACACCUGGAGGAGGUCAGCAUUCGGGUCGAGGACAAGAUCAUCAGCAAGGGUGAAAAGCUGAGCUGCCGGUACAUGGCUGCAUUGCUAGAGGAGCAUGGCGUGCCGGCGCAGUACGUGGAUUUGUCGGACGUCUGCAGGUUCGCCAGCGGAUACAAGACGUUGGAUGAGACGUUCUAUGCAAAACUUGCGCACGCGCUCGGCGAGGAGCUCAAGGCUUGCGGUGACAAGGUCCCCGUCAUCACCGGGUACUUCGGCAAUGUCCCCGGCGGCCUCCUCAAUGCCAUUGGCCGCGGCUACACUGAUCUCUGUGCUGCGCUGUGCGCGGUUGGUAUCGAGGCUGCGGAGCUUCAGAUUUGGAAAGAGGUCGACGGUAUUUUCACUGCCGACCCUCGCAAGGUGCCUACGGCCGCACUCUUGUCCUCUGUUACGCCUUCUGAGGCCGCGGAAUUGACCUUCUACGGCUCCGAAGUUAUUCAUCCUUUCACCAUGGAGCAGGUUAUUCGCGCACGUAUCCCUAUUCGCAUCAAGAACGUCAUGAACCCGCGGAACGCUGGAACCAUCAUUUUCCCCGACACCGUCGAGGAGAUCAAGAACCCGCUGCACGACCCUAAGUUGUUCCGCACCCGCUCAUCCAGCAAUGUUGCGGCGCUCAAUGGGGUCAGUGGACCCAAGCGGCCUACGGCUGUCACCAUCAAGCGCGGCAUUGUGGUCCUGAACAUCCACUCUAACAAGCGUACUCGCGCUCCGGGUUUCCUGCGGAACAUUUUCUCCAUUCUGGAUAAGUGGAAUAUGUCCGUGGACCUGAUCUCGUCUUCGGAAGUCCACGUGUCGUUGGUUUUGCACUCCGAGUCGAAUAUGCUGAGCUACGACGGCCGUGAAGAGUACACUAUCAUCGACGAGGAUCUCAAGGGCUGCGUCAUUGGCCUCAGUGAGGUCGGCACCAUUGAUCUGGUGCCCAACAUGGCCAUUGUCAGCUUGGUCGGCAAGCAGCUCAAGAACAUGCUUGGCAUCAGUGGCCGCUUCUUUAGCGUUCUGGGUGAGAACAACAUUAAUAUUGAGAUGAUCUCGCAAGGUGCCAGCGAAAUCAACAUCUCCUGCGUCAUUAACGAGCGCGACGCCGACCGUGCUCUGAACGUUGUGCACACCAACCUUUUUACAUUCUUGGAAUAGAAAGUUACGAAGCAUGACUCGGCAUUUGAUGAUCUGAUGAUCAUAAAAAAAGCAAUACCACGGAAGGCGAUAUAUCCAAAGAGAAAAGAUUCUCAGUUCUAUUUUCUUCGGGUUUAGGGAGCGAGAAAAAGUCAUCAUCACAUGCAUUACCUCGGUUCUAUCGCAUUUGUAAUUAUUUGCUUUUGCAUAGAGCCAUUUGACACGGCCAUAGGAGCUUUUCGGGGAUUCAUUAGCAGGUUGUUAAAGAGAGAGAUUUCGGAUCGAACGUUAUAGGGCCCGUCCCUUUUCAUAGAGUGGCAUGCAUAGAAUAUAUAUUUUUCUUUGGGAG